AUGGCGCCAAAUGAUGAUGCUAAGCGCAAGUCAGGUCUAACGAUUGCGCAGGUGAAGUUCAAGCAGGCAAUGAAGGAUUCCGAUGCCGAAGAUCGUUCAGCGCCCAUUGCAGUCGAAAUUAGCUCUCAGCUCUUCAACCACGUUGAUGCCGUUCUUCAGCAGAACUCGCCCAUCAAUAUCCAGAAAUGCACAGAAUGGAUUGUGAAGCACGUAGCUCCCUCCAAGGCUCGGAUCACCACCCUCGGCGCGUAUCUCAUCGCUGUCUCAAAGUCUGUCGUAGUAGAUCAGAGCACUCCAGCGCUAGCGAAGAAAGCAGCGCGCAACCGGAUGGAUCUCUUGUUGAUCGUCAACGAUGCCCUCCAUGCUGACAAGUUCCAUCGUCGCGACACGACAAAGCAGAGUAUUCUCGGCAACGCGUGUCAAGAUUUUGUCCCUGACUUGAUCGAACUCGCAGCGGCGUGUAUCACCGAGAAGGGAUCGCAGCUAGAGGUGAAGCUGAAAGCCAUUGUCAACUACUGGGCUGUUAACAAGCUCUUGAGCUCAGAGGGUCUGAAAGCUUGUCGACACAAGGCAGACGAGGCCUUGUCCGUAGCACAGGGUCGCAAGCGCAACUACGUCCUUCCCGAAUACCACGGCGACCGAAAUGCCAGAUGGCACGAUCUCCCCGCAUCGUACAUGCUCGAGCCCAUAAUCAAACACCCGAACCGCCCGAUCCACGAAUCUCAAAUCAAGAUACGGAAGUUUGACAAGAAGCCUGUCAGUUCGCACGUUCGCAGCCUCCUCGAUAACUUCUUCGAAAACAUCGACCUAAAGUACCUGCCAACGGGCGAUAAUCCGACCGGGGAAACAACCAAAUAUAGGCUUUCGUUGGAUCCUAUGGGCCAGCUGGUUAAGCAGGACAAGGAGACUGGCGAGACAGCUACAGUGGCAAACGGCUACGGCUGGUCGCCAAAGUUCUGUCAAGACAUACAGAAGUUCACCGUCCCGGAGACGAUCAAGAUCGCGCGAGAGGACAUCGAACGCAUGGAGGACAUGGAGGACCCACCGGUCUUGUCUGUCGCGCGUCGCGUUGGCCACGAUAGUCGACCCUCUACCUCCUCGUCGACAGAGUCGGGCCCACCCUAUAGGGAACGAAGAAGGGGAUACAAUCGUAGCCGCAGUCGCAGUCGCAGUCGCCGUAGCCCUGGGGGUUAUCAGUAUGACGACGCACGCCGUCGAAUGUCGCCCGACGGAUCCAUGGGUCGCCGCAGGGUAUCACCACAUGGACCUUCGCGCCGAGAGUCUGAGGGCAGAGGUUUCGUCGAGGCGCGACCGUCAUCAAGGGCAUACGACAGAGAAGGAUCUCAGCCUGGAUCACAGUGGAGUGGUGCGAACAGGAAAACCCAGUCCAGUCCCAACAACCAUCAGCACCAGGUCCCACCCAUGCUGCAUCAGCCGCCUUUCAACGCGCCACCGUUUCCACCACCGCACAUGUCAGGCCAGUUCCAAGGCCAGUUCCCGAUGCCAAUGCCGCCAUUCGGUGUUCCUCCUCCACCCCCACCGCAGUUCCAAGGACGUGGUGGCUUCGUUCCUCCUCCGCCCCCCAACUUCAAUGGCAUGUGGCAGCCUCCACCUCCCAACAUGAACAUGCCACCGAACGGUCCGCAACAAGGCAACCAAUUUGGCAACCAUCACGGAGGCCAGGGUGGAAACCGGGGCGGAAACCAAUUUGGAAAUCAGGGCGGCAAUCAGUAUGGUAACAACUUCGGUCCCGGCAACAAUGGCCAGUAUGGUCAGAGCCGUGGCGGAUACCAAGGUGGACGCGGCUAUGGAGGUGGGCAGCGCGGUGGCAACAACGGUAACAGGGGAGGCUGGAGGGGUAACGGACGAGGCGGGCGAUACUGA